GGAAGAUGGAGAUGUUUGCAACCGCAGCUGUUAUAAUUGUGGUGGCUCACCUCGCCUUGGGCCUGCUACUGUGGCUUCGGGUCCGAAAGCUAUAUUCUUAUCCUGGUCUUCUGGGUUUUCCUGUUUUCGGAAACCUCUACUACUUCUACAGAACUCUGUUGCUAGUCUCUUCAGAAAGUGUGGCCAAUCGUAUGGAUAGAGUCGCUCAAAAAUACGGAAAAGAUGGGUUAUGCUUCCAUUGGUGUAAUGGUUUCAAGACGGUGGUGUUUGUUACAUGUCCUCGUGUAGUGAAGGAAAUAGUAUUCCAUCGCAAUCUGUAUGAUUUAUCUGACGUAAUAUUGCGAGGUCUUGCUCCCUACUUCCGAGGACCUUUUCUCAACUUCCAUGCUGGUGCUGAAUGGAAACUGAAAAGAAAGGAAUAUAAUAUUUUUUUGAGAAAAUCGAACGUAGACAGAGAAUACUUCAAUAGGUUUAUUAAAACCGCUGAUGAACUGGUUGAUUUGAUGUUGGACUCGCCUUCAGCUAUUGAUGUAAAUCAUUUGAUAAUUGGACCAUUAUUAAAUACCUCUAUGGGAACUAUAUUUGGUAAUGAAAACAGUUUAGUUUAUCAUCCCAAAAUUAUUAAUUUAAUGAAAUGGUUAAAAAUUAUAGCACAAUAUAUUAUAGUCAAUCCGGAAUUAGCAGAACCAAUUUUGACUAUAUUUCGACCAAUAGAUGAAAUAUUCUAUCCAAAAGCAGGAGAGUUGCGGAAAAUGAUUUUCGGAAGGAAAGAUAAUACAUUCAAAUCAAUACAAGAUUCUCUUCCAAUUAAAGAAAAUUCACUGUCAAUGCAUAUUGUGUCAAGAUCAAUAAAAAAUAAUAAUAGUAAAAACAGCUUGCUAAAGGAGCUACAAGAAUUGUUUUUCACAUCUACUAACGGUCUUACAAGUUUUUUGGCUAACUCGAUAAUUUUGUUAUCUCUACUUCCUGACAUUCAAGAAAGAGCUUGGAAAGAACAAUAUGAAAUAUUUGGUAAUGAUAACAGAGAUCCUACCAUUGAAGAUAUACAACAGAUGGAGUUCCUAAAUAGGGUCAUAAAAGAAAUGUUGAGGUUUCUCAGCCCUGCCGUUUCUGCGAAGAUGGCUAGUGGAGAUAUAAAUAUAAAUGGAAUAACAAUACCUUCAGGAACUAAUGUAAUAUUCCUAAGAAGAUACAUGCGAAUGGAUCCAAAACACUGGAAGAAUCCAAAAAUUUUCGAUCCAGAUCGCUUUCUUGAAGAAAGUGAGACAUUAAAACAUUCUCACUCACCAUUUGGAAUUGGUAUGCGAAGAUGCCCAGGUGAGUAUUAUUCAAUAAUACUGAUGAAAACUAUAUUCUCAAAAAUAUUGAGAAAACUGAAGCUUAGAACUCUUCAAAAAGAUUUUCGAUUCGAAGAUAUCCAAUAUAAAUGUAUCAUUAUGAUGGAAGUGGCAAACCCUCCUUUGCUGCAAGUUGAAGAAAGAGAAUGAUUAUUAUUUUUAAUAUGUCUUCUAAUUUUAAUUU